UCUGAUGGGUUUGUCAUUCGCUUUUGGUCUCGACGAGCGUUGCUUCUGAUCCCGGGAUCGCGGGUCACAGAUUAUUCCCAUGCCUACCGUGAGUUUGGCCCGUGGUUCGCCGGUACUUUUUUUUAUGCCGUCCCCUCCAGAUUUGGUGUAUUUCCCAUUAUUCGAUGUUUUCUUGAGGGCGCGCAUUGAGUGUAUUUUAUCCCUGAGGGUCAAAGUUGCCUCUAUUAUAUUAUAUUAUAUUAUUUUCCUUGGUACUGCUCGAACAUGGCGUCUUACUAUGCAUAAGCCUGGCAUCUUUCUGAUGCGAAAUUAAUUUACAUGGCUAACCUCGAUAUCAGAUGCUAUCAGUCUGGCGUGAUAAUAUCCAAUGUGAAAGAAAUUUGCGAUUUAAGAAAGCAGAUUUUCCCCGAUAAAGAUGACUAGUACUCGUGAUUCUCAUGCCUAUGCUUGCGAUGAAUGUCGGCUACGAAAGUCGAAGUGUUCAAAGGGGCGCCCAACAUGCCUGCAGUGCUCGCAAUUGGGCAAGGAGUGCAAUUAUAGCCCCAAAGUAACCAGAAGCCCACUUACGCGGCAACACUUGACACAUGUCGAAGACCGUCUACAAGCAUUUGAGACGGCUCUAGCAAGACUGUUCCCAGGGGGCGACCUGGAUGCGACUGUCCGUUCGCUUUUGCAGGAUCAUGAAACGCCACCAAGGACUGCAUCUUCCAAGUCAUCCUCAAGGCACUCGACUCCGGCGAAAACCGAGGAUCGAUCUGAAGCAGCUCCAGAAGCUCUACCGCAACAGGCAGAUGGGUUUGACUGGGCUGAAAAGGAGAUUUCACUCGGUGGUUUGACGGAUGGUAUGGCAGCACUGUCUAUCAAGCCAGAGGGUUCGGGAUAUUUUGGGGCUUCAUCCAGUGUUGUGCCACUAAGAGCUUUGAUGAAACAUGGAUUCGAUCUCAGUAUUCCGUCAAGUACGGCAAAGCCAAACGGAAAUACAGAUCGAGUUCCACUGAAAUCUCAACUUCUGAAUUCUGCUCCAUCUGGUCUUAUCGAGCAGGCUUUUAUGGACGCUUACUUCCUCAACUAUCAUUCGAGUUAUCCUUUCGUUCAUGAAGCUACCUUUAGGGCACAGUUUCAUGAGCACAUCCCCCGCCCACACGGCCUCUCGUGGCAAAUCCUUCUUAACACGAUUCUAGCUCUAGGAGCAUGGAGCAUCGGAGACGACAAUUCAGACCUGGACAUCACUUUCUACCAAGAAGCCAGAGGCCAUUUGCAACAAGUUUCAGUUUUCGAAACCGGGAACUUGACUCUGAUUCAGGCGUUGCUGUUGAUGAGCAAUUACGCGCAGAAACGAAACAAGCCGAAUACGGGGUGGAAUUUCCUGGGUCUUGCUGUCCGGAUGGCUAUGAGCCUUGGUCUUCAUAAGGAGUUUCCAGGGUGGAGAAUUAGUCUUCUGCAGCGGGAGAUCAGACGGAGAUUGUGGUGGGGCGUUUUCAUCUUUGACAGUGGUGCGGCCAAAACGUUUGGCAGACCGAUUCUCCUACCGGAGGAUAAGGUCAUGGAUGCAAAACAUGUCCUUAACAUCCAGGACGAGGCACUCACACCAAGCACAACGACCCUACCCAAAGAAUCCGACGGCCCAACUUUAUACUCCGGCAUAAUUGCUCAAGCCAAAUUCCACCUCCUAACAAACAGCGUCUACCAACGCCUAAUCUCAAGCCCCGCCCUAACCCCCGAAGAAACCCUCUCUCUCCAAAAACCAAUGGAAGAAUGGUACAACAACCUCCCCGACUACCUCAAACAACCCGCCUCGAUGCCCGAACCAGACUCCACAGCCCUCGUCCGCAGGCGACUAAUGUGGCGAGACUGGAACUUGCGGACUCUCAUCUACCGCCCGAUUCUUCUCCGAUGGGCAGCUAGACGAUGGACACCUACACCCGGACCGCCACCAGAGCGUGAGGACCCACUCGAAGGAGACUGUCGAAUGCUCUGUCUCCGGAACGCCAGGUUGACAAUCGCUUCGAUCUCCGAGUACAUGGAUAACUAUAUCUGCACGAGACUGGGCGCUUGGUACAUGCUGUACUUCCUCUUCCAGGCUGGCCUUAUCCCGAUUAUCUUCCUCAUGACCGACCCAACCAGCACAGACGCCCCGGCCUGGCUCCAAGAUAUCCAAACAACAAAACAACUCCUCUCCCACCCCUCCUUGUCCAACAACCGCCUCGCAACACGCUGCCUAGCAGUCGUCAACAAACUUUGCACACCGGUUUCUUACUACUAUUACCCCAACAACAACGGGCAGCAGCAGCAACCGCCUAUCCUCAUGCAUUUUCCGGAUCAGUUGUUCAACGAUCCAACUUUUGGGGGCAUGUUUCCGGAUGUGGAUCAGGAGUUGAAUCUGAAUAUUUCGGGGAUGGACUUCUCGGAGUGGUUGAAUUUUACGCCUUAACUGGGUUAAGCACUGUUCUUGUCUGAGUUUCGAAUACACUCACCACAUGCAUUCCUUCCACCCUAAACAGAAUAUCGAAUUCGAAAACCACCGAAAACCGAG